AUGGCACCAGAUUCAGUUGACGCACAACAGUUGACAUCACUAUCUGAUAAAAUUCAACAACAGGCAUUUGAUAAUGGACUUAAAGCCACAAGACAUCCUCGAUGGAGUAAGGAAGAAACCUUCAUUCUCAUAAAGGGAAAGAAAGUUGUUGAAAACCGAGUUUACCGGAGUUGUAGAUCCAGUUCUACAUUGGGGUUAGAUCAGAUUGAACCUAAGUGGGAUUCUGUCUCAUCAUAUUGUAAACAGCAUGCUGUCAAUAGAGGACCCGAGCAAUGCCGGAAAAGAUGGAGUAAUUUGCUCUGUGAUUUUAAGAAAAUAAAAAAUUGGGAGUUGCAUAGGAAAGAUGAGGAUGAAACAUUUUGGAAGAUGAGGAAUGAACUCAGGAGAGAAAGGAGGCUGCCUGGUUUCUUUGACAGGGAAGUUUAUAAUCUCUUGGAUGGAAGGCCAUUUGCUACUGAAGCAAUCCCCUUGAGACUUAUUACUGUAGAAACAGAAAUGAAGAAUGCUUAUGGAGAUGAGGUAGCAGCCAGAUUGACAGCUGCAGAGAAAGAAGAGGAUGAAGAGGCUACAGUAGAUGGUUUAUUUUCAGAUUAUAAAGAAUUAGAGCAGGAUGAAAUUUGCUGGACCUCUAAGAAGGAAACUGUUGUUGCUGAGGAUCCCAGAAGGACACAGCCGACAUCUGGUAACUCAAUUUCAAGCACAAUCAAAGAACAAAAUCCUGGUACAUUGAUAUCCCAGAAAGGAUGGAAGAAGAGGCCACUAUCAUCAUAUGAAUGUGAGGACACCAAUCUCACAGAUCGAUUGAUCAAAGUCUUCGAGAGGAAUGGCAACCUGCUAAGUGCUCAGCUAGAAGCUCGGAACAUAAAUCUUGAACUGGACAGGCAUGAAAGGAAGGAGCAAAACGCUAGCUUAGUUGGUGUUCUCCAGAAACUCACAGAUGGUCUAAUAAGAAUUGCUGAGAAGUUAUAA